AUGGCGGGUGUACAUCAAGCAAUCCUGGAGAUGUGCGCGCGGGCGUGCACGCGGGUGCAGCUGGCCGAGAACGCGGCGCGCCUCACCGCGCAGCUCGCCGACCAGCAGUGCAAGUGUUCCCAGCUCGACAGAAAUUUAGCGUGGAAAGAGGAGCACGAGCGCAGUAAGCAGCGCACGCUGGAGGACGAGGCGGAGGUGGCCAAGGUGCUGACGCACGAGGCGGAGUGCGCGCAGCGCGCCGAGCUGGAGGCGCUGCGCAAGCAGGUGGAGCAGGCCUCGCAGGACCUGCUGGAGGAGGACUCGCGCACGGCGGUGCUCAAGCACCGAGACGAGGCAGAGGCGGCCAAGGUGCUGACGCACGAGGCGGAGUGCGCGCAGCGCGCCGAGCUGGAGGCGCUGCGCAAGCAGGUGGAGCAGGCCUCGCAGGACCUGCUGGAGGAGGACUCGCGCACGGCGGUGCUCAAGUACCGAGACGAGGCAGAGGCGGCCAAGGUGCUGACGCACGAGGCGGAGUGCGCGCAGCGCGCCGAGCUGGAGGCGCUGCGCAAGCAGGUGGAGCAGGCCUCGCAGGACCUGCUGGAGGAGGACUCGCGCACGGCGGUGCUCAAGCACCGAGACGAGGCAGAGGCAGCCAAGGUGCUGACGCACGAGGCGGAGUGCGCGCAGCGCGCCGAGCUGGAGGCGCUGCGCAAGCAGGUGGAGCAGGCCUCGCAGGAUCUGCUGGAGGAGGACUCGCGCACGGCGGUGCUCAAGCAUCGAAUCGAAGACUACAUGCAAGAGAAAAAUGAAAUGAUAGAAGACUUGGAAGCUUGCCAGACAAAGUGCGAAGGUCGUAUGGGAGGAUUAGUAAAAGACUUGAAGUGUAAGAGAGAUAAGCUUAUACAGUUAGAAGAUGAGGUAAUGCAAUGCCUCUGCAAAGAGCCCGUCGAAAAAGCGGUGGAGGUAAAGCGAACGCCGUCGCUGGCCGCGAUGUGCAAGUGCUCGCCAAGCGAUACGAUUGAGUGGGUGGGUGAAUGUUGCGCUGACAUGAAAAAACCAGCAGUUUCACGAGACUCCAAGCACAGCAUGCGGUGGCAAGAGCAUGAUCUCGAGAUGAAGGCGCAGAAACUGGCAAAUGAACUAGCCGAAAAGAUGUUCCGAGAGAAAGCGAAAGAGCUAGCCAAGCUAGCCCAAGAAGAGCUAAAAACUAGUCGUCCUCCAUGCGAAUGCGAUCUCAACGAUAAAGCACAGUAUUCAGCUAUAUACCAGUGCCUGGUUCCACCAUAUUCAAAUUCAAACUUUAAUGGGAUGAAGAAUGGGACAUUGGCUGGCGCUCCUACCCAAGCUCAGCGUAAGAAUAAUCCUAUACCACAAAUGGCGCAGAUCAGGUCUCCGAAAAAAGACUCGCAUGUUGCGGCGCUAUCAAAAAAUCCAACAGACAAAUUCGGAAGAAAAGAUCUUGAUAAUCGAAGGCCAGUAUCGAUAUUGAAAAAUAAAAGCAAUACUUCUAAACUUGCUACACCUCGAAGACCCAUCAACAACACUGGAAAGAAUCUUAAAUCCUAUACGAGCAAAGCUAAUCCACAUGUAGAAGCUGUAAACGGUCCUAACAAAUUUUUUAGAGAGCCCCAUCAAUAUGCAGUUAACAUGUGCUUAUACGAUAAUAAAACCGAACCUAGUCCUAAUAAACCUCCAAAAAACUUAAAUAUGGAAUCGGAACUGACUUACAGUCAUGAAAGUGUGCCAUUAAAUCAGCCAAAAUUGCUUGCUAUAAAUUCAAAUGAUCAUUUGCAUCAUUGCGAUGAUAAUGUAAAAACCAUCAAGUCAAACACUAAUCGUCCAUUACACAUCAUGCCUUCUGUCAAAUCUGCACCUGUUAAAAGAGAUUUCGAUACAACUUCGAUUGAAAACUUCCAUAAAAUAAAAAACAAAUUAAUUCUUGACUGUACUGGAAUCGUUACUUCAAUCAACAAAAAUGAAAAUAUGGAAACAAAGUUACCUGUAACAUCUAUUGUGGAACGUUCUGCAGUAGCGCGACAAAGUGGGGAGAAAUGUAUUCAAUGUUUAGGAGCUACACUUGCAAAUACAAUACCCGAACGUUCGUUGGUUAAAAACGAAAAUAAUGUAAUAAACUGCGAACAAACAAACACAAGUAAUUUAGGUACAUUAAACAAUCAAAAACUAACCAAAGAAAUUGGCGAUGUCGCUAAGUUUCCUUCCGGUAAUAAGUGCCAAAAUUACAUUCAAUUUUUAGGCGUUGCAUUAGACAAAGCAAAACUAAAUAUUUUACUGAAGCAAAAUGUAAAAAAGACAAGAAACCAUAGAAGUAAAAGAAACCAUCGAGGAAUGUUUUUGGAGGAUAAACGAGGAAACAAUCAUAAUAAAUCUGACGAGAAACUUGUUAAGUUUGGUACUAACAGAGAUAUACGUAAAACUAAAUAUGCUAUUAAUCGAAUUAAAGCACUGAAUGUGUUACACGUUCACAAUCAGUGCGUCUAUCCACGAAAACAGAUCAAGACUUUGCAUCAAGAUAAGUCCGUAGAAAUUCAAUAUAGUGGCAAUAAUGUCUUUAAUCUUGAUGAACCUUGCAUAUGUUGUCCGUUAACUAAAUCAGACAAUUCAAAUGACUUGGAAGUAAAUGCUUUUCAGUUGUUGGAAGAACAUUUAAAAAGCAAAUUAGAUGAAUUUAAGCGUUCAGCUUGUAAAUCUUCUUGCAUACCUAUGGCUGAUCAAAAAACUAUGUUGGGUGAUACUAUACUGAAAGUUAAAAAACUUAUUCUAGAAAGUGCGAACAAUUUGUCUUGUAAAUGUGGAAGAAAUAACCGUCACAGCGGCGGGAGCUGGAACAGAGCAUAUGGUUUAUUACAUGAAUAUUUAAAAACUAAAAUAGAACAUGUUAAAUGUAUCUGUAGUUCGGUGGAAUAUAGACGAGAUGAAAAUUUGGUGAAACGUGUCCUAAGUGAAAUAAGUUGCUUAAUUGAAAAUGAUUUACAACGACUCAAAAAUGUAUGCAAGUGUAAUGACACGUCUUUAGACACCACCAGUAAACGGGAUUCGCAUAUAUCGCAUGAAUCUCAAUAUAACGCUAUUGAUUUAAAAAAACAGGAUAUAAUCUCGAAUGCCAUUGACCAAAGAAAUGUGCCUAUAUCCGUAAUUGAAUCCAAUUUAGUUCAUUACACAAACGGUUCGAUUCCGCACAAUAAAUCAGCUCAAGUAUUGCUUCGUCAUUCAGUUGAAACCAAGUCAUGCGAUGCAUUAAAAAUAUAUAGUGGGUAUUCUGAAGUACAAACAUUAGACUUAACUGAGCUUGUUAUAGAUAAUUACAUUAAAAGUGAAUGUGAUGAUUUCAAGCCUAGCUCCAACCAACAAGAUAAUGAUGACUAUGAUUUCCAUCCUGAUAGGCUAAAUAAUGAACAUACUAAAGAAAUGACACCUUUUCAAAAAAGAGACAUCACAUUGUUACCUAUAGUGAUGUCAUCAAGUAACAUGAUUAUUAAAAACGAUUCCAAGGCAAAUGUUGUCUCAAACGACCAAUUUGGGGAUGAUAAAAAUAUUCACGUUGUGAACAACGACAACAAAAUUGACGAACCAUUUUUGGCAAACAUUGGAUGUACAAUAGAUUGUUCCUGUGACCAUAACUUAGGUUGUGUCUGCACAAAAUCAAGAGUUCCAUUAAACACUGAGUGGUUAAGAACAAAUGAUAUAUUUAAAACAUUUACACAAAAACAAAGUGUAGUCGAAAAUGUUUCUUACAUACUCAAGAACUUUCCUAAUAAAAUAUCUUUAGAAGUCAAUUCAAUAGAACAACAUUCAGAAAAUAUUCACGUGAUAGACAAAAUGCAAAUAAAUAAUAUAAAUCAAAAGGAAUCUAAUGACAAUAUAAAUAUUUAUUACGGUCAGUAUAAACCAGAAGUAUACGUAGUUGACGACAAAUACAAAACAGUAAUGACACAAGAAAGCAAAACAGAGGUGUGCGAAUUUGGAGUUAACGCUAGUGAAGAAGAGCAUAUUUACUUAAAACAAUCCAAUCCUAUGAUAGAUGUAGUUCACGAUACUGUUAACACUUUUACAGAUGACUGCUCCCUUCAAAAUGGUUCUAGGCCUAAAUCAAAACACCAUAGCAUACUCAAACGAAAGUUAUUUAAAGAUGCUCCAAUGUCUUUUAGCAAUAGUGACACUGCACUGAUAUCUGAUGUUGUUUCGCAAAAAUCAGAGUCAUUAUCAACUGACUGUGAUUGCGCAAUGGUUCCUAUUUGUCACGUGAAAAUGCUUGUGGAAAAUAUUGGGAAUAAGUUGGUAAAAGCUGAGUGGGAGGAGAAUGUUCAUACUUCACUAAUGAAUCCGGAGCCAGGAACGGAGUGUUUCUUCGGGGACUUCAGCGAUAGCAGGAUAUUUGCGUUUGCCAGAGGGUGGGGAGGCAGCACACUAUGA